AUGGCUCCAAGUAAUACAAUGGCUGGCAACAUAAGGGAACUCGAACCAAACCAGCAGGAGAAACGAGAGACUAGGACUGAAGAGCAGACAGCCGCCAAGAAUGAAGACAAAUAUCAUGAUAUCAUGGAGGAUGGAAAGAUGGGUGUCACGAGACAAUCGAGCGAACAAAGAGCCAAUGAAACAAGCGACCAUGACAUAGAGAUCGGAAUGGAGUAUGAUGUUUCAAGGCAAUCAAGUGGAAGACGGCCAUCUAACGAACUGCCUACUAGAAUAUCGCUCGAUGAUGCAAGCAACCCAAAGAGUGAACGACCGGAUUCAGUGGGUGCUACAGUUCGGACAACAGAGUCAGCUGAAGAGAGUGUGAUCAUAGACAUUGACGCCUACGAAGGCUCUACACUCGGAGAGAAAAUUGAAGCUAUUAUCGCGUCACAUUCUGUUGUCAUGUUCAACCGUACAUGGUGCCUCUUCUCAGUUGAUGCUAUUGACUUUAUGGUCAAACAACUCAAUGUUCCAGUCCAUUCAGUUGAAAUCGAUGUUCACCCGCAAGGAAAGGAAAUACUCAAAUAUGUCACUCAAAAGACCAAGCAUGCCACCACACCAUUCAUCUUUAUCCGUGGUGAAUUCCUCGGUGGCUUUUCUGAAGUAAAUGCUCUAUACGCGAAAGGAAACCUUCAGAAGGACUACCUGAAGGGCCUUUCUCAAGCAGAUCAAUGCGAAACUUUCAUCUCCAACUCCCAAUAUAGUAUGUCGACCUACUUUUGGUUCCCCGACAAGGUCGAUGCAACUGUCGUUCGAAUCACAGGCUCUCUGACAUUCUUUGCUAGUGUACUAGCUGCAGUAUUGGUGCACUUUGAGGAGUUCUUUUGGGCACAUUAUGUGGCAUAUGUCGUCGCCAUUGACUUUUUCUUGCGCUUCCUAGGUGGGGCUAGAAUCUCACUAUUUGGACGAAUUGCAAUGAUUCUAGCUUUUCCUUUCGAGCCAAUGCCAAGAAUGGGUAAACCAAAGCAAUUUGCAACCUGCCUUGGGCUGCUUUUCUCUGUACUGGGCAGUUUCGCGUUCCUUGCACCGUUUCCGUACAACGACUAUGUGGGAUCUGCGUUCAUGGCUGGACUUGCGAUUGCUACGGGCCUAGAAGGGUUUUUGGACUUCUGCAUUGGCUGUUUCAUUUUCCGAAUUGGUGUCAAGCUUGGUUUUUUUAAGGGGACUUCAUAA